AUGCUAUUGUUGACAUGGGUGAUCUACCACAUGGCAGCAAGUGAGGAAGUGCAAGAGAGAGUGUAUGAAGAACUGAGAAGUAGAGGGAAUGAUGCAGAGGACUUGCAGCAUUGUUUGUACACUCGACGUGUGCUAGAUGAGUCACUUCGCCUUAGCAUCCUUGCUCCGUUUGCAGCCCGGUAUCAAGAGUUGGAGUGCUUCCUUGGCAACCAUCACAUACCUCGUGGAACUCCCAUCAUUCAUGCUCUUGGGGUUGUUCUUCAUCACCCAACUUUCUGGGCCCAUCCUCACAAAUUUGAUCCUGAUCGCUUCCUGCCUGAGAAUGCCAAAGAAAGACCUUCAUUAGCAUUCUGCCCAUUUGGUUUUGCUGGAAAGAGGAAAUGCCCAGGAUAUCGAGGAAGCCUCCAGGCUGUGGUCUCCCCUCAGCGAGGAGUCAACUUUCAGAGAUUGGACUUGGCUCGUUUUGCGUCAAUCGAGAAUGGAUCCAAUGGUUCUCAGAGAUUUCUUUCAGGAAGGCAGCAGUUUGAAAACUAUGGACUGAGCAUUAACCUCAUCAUUAAUGAGUUGACCACCAUGGGGCGCACUGGUGUGCCCCGGGCUUCACCUUCUGGAAAGUCACCAGGCCGAUAUGGCCAUGGUGGUGUGAUGGUGGUGUUGCGUGGGUGGCGCUAUGUGGCUUUUGUCGCAGGCAUUUUUGGUGGAGUUGGACUAGCAAUCUAUCCGAUCAUUGUGGCUCCGUAUUUGGAUCCAAGCAAGUAUCAAGAUAUUCAGCGUGUCACGAGAGCAGGAAUCAACCAAGAAGAUAUCCAGCCAGGUGGCAUGAAAGUGUGGACUGAUCCAUUUGAACAAUGUGUAGAUGCGUUCACUGCGGGGAUUGGGUUGGUGGAACUAGUGAGCGAGAGGUAUGCCGGUGGAACUAGUGAGCGAGAGGUAUGCCAGCUUGGAGGAGCGACUAGGGGAGCUAUCGGGGAGGCUCAUGGGGAGGAGAUAAGAGGGACCAGGAAGGUGGGGGAGAUUCAGAGGGAUGAUUUAGUGGCAAGGCUAGGUAGGGUGGAGGAGGCACUCCGGGGGUUCCCCAGCCUUCCUGACCUUACUGGGAGGGUGGUCCUGUCGUCGUUUGACAGCACGUCGAGUGCCGACUCACAGGGCGCGGUCAUUGAGACUGAAAACAUGUUUCACGGGUUGAGGGAGGUCAGCUUGGAUGAGGGAUCGGAGGGCACAGUGGGUGCAGGUGAGAUGUCGGCAGGACGAGCUCAGGCCAUGUCGAAGGGGAGAGGGAAAACGCGGGCCCUUGUAAUCGUCGGUGACUCGAACGUCAGGCGUCUUGAGGCAGCGAUGGGAAAUGAUUCAGGAUCUCGGGUUUCUUUCAUUCAGUUCCCUGGUGCUAGGAUCGAACACUUUAGGAAUAAGGUCGGAUCGGUGGUGUGCUCUGAGUCAGCCGAGGAAGUGUCAGUGGUCCUGCACGUUGGGACCAACGAUACUCCCAAGUCUGGCUCUGAACUCAUGGGCAGGCUGAAGCAGGCUAUUGGGGCGUGUCGGGAAGCGAGGUCGGGGGUGCGCGUGACGGUAUGCGCGAUCCCGAGCCGGCUAGACAGGGGAGGAACCACGUGGUCCAGGUCGGAAACCCCUUCCGACCUGGACCACGUGGUUCUUCCCUUGUCUAGCCGGCUUCCCGGACACGACAGGUUGAAGGAGUCAUGUUCCGCGGAGGGGGCAGGCUGCGUUUUGUCCUCACCUCCUAAGUGA